AGACAGUCGCCCCGCCUCGUUUCAGUGACGAAUCUCAAAGCAGCAACAAAAAGUUGAUAGAUAAAAAUAAAAUUAAGAGGCAGCAAAUACGAAGGUUUCUCUAUAAACUGGAGCGGCUUUGGGGAGCUCCUCAGCGGGGAGAGGAGGCGGCAUGAGGCAGAGCGGGCACCGCGGGUCAUGACUGCACUGAUUCUGCAUGGAUCCUGGCGGGGCGUCGCAGCGGAGCAGCCGGUCCGGAGGGUCCUGGAAGGGGCACAUCAUCCAGCAGCUGAGGCACCGAGACCGGAUCCAGAACACCACGUUCCAGGACCUGAUCCGGUUCUAUACUCUGCUGCUGGAAAAAACCAGCCUGACCAAGAGGCUCCUGAGCCACUCUGCCAGACCUCCUGAGGGCCCAAACAGUUCGUCUUUGCAGAUACAGAGCAGCUCCCUUAAGGAAAAGAUGGGAGAGCUGGCCUAUAAGGUAGUGGAGCUGCAGCAGCAGGUUAAGAUCAAAGACGAUGUCCUCGAGGAGCAACGGAGUCGACUGCAGGAGGAAGAGGAUCGGCUGAAAGGAGCAUCUGAUGCCAAGCUGGCGCUUCAGCAGCAGGUGCAGCAGAUCGAGGAGAAGAACAAGAAGCUGAAGACGGCGUACGAUGCACUGCUGGAGCGUCAGAGGGAGGCGGAGUCAAAAAUCAGGGAGGAGAAGGAGAAAGAGGAGGGAAUGCUGGAGGACAUGAUGCACCUUAAGAAACAAGCCGCCGCCCGCAUGAACCACCGCAACGAACGGCGCUCCAGAGCUCGACAGGCAACGGUGCAGAAGGAGCUGCGGACGGUGGCCAGGUCAAAGGUCACCGUCGACAGUUCAUCCAGUGCUCCCACUUCCAGAUCCACGUCUCCGAAGAACAAAGACAAGGACGAGUCCACUGGGAGAAGUCAAACUCGACUCUUCAGGUCGGCGUCAGCCACGUCUCCAAGGUCCUUCUUCUCCUCAUCAAAGUUCUCCAUCAGGGAGAUGUUUGAGAAGAAGAGGGGGCAUUCGAUCCACAGCCUGGAGGAGGACCUUCUGUAUCCUGUUGGAAUCUGUCUAUCAGCCCGAGUUCCGACCCGACCGCUGCAAGUGCUGGAGGCCCAUGAGCAAGGCAUCAACACGGUGCGGUUCAGCUUCAGCUCGGACCUGCUGGCCACAGGCGGGACGGACCGGGUCAUCAAGCUUUGGGACGUCCGAGCAGGCUGGUUGAGCCACAGAGGCACUCUGGACGGCAGCACGGAGGGGAUCACAUGCGUGGAGUUCGACCCUACGGGCCGGAGGAUCCUCGCAGCUUCGCACAAUAAGUCCGCUCUGCUGUGGUGCCUGGAUGACUCGGUUCCCAAGGUCACUCUGACGGGUCACAGCAGGAAGGUAACAGCAGCCAGGUUCACCUGCUCCCCCCAUCAGGUGGUGACAGGAAGCACCGACCGGACCAUCAGGCUCUGGGACCUGAAAAGAGCCGCCUGCCUGCAGCAGAGGGAGGUGGCAUCAUUUUGCAGCGACCUGGUGUGUUCUGAAAACAGCAUCAUCAGUGGACACUUUGACAGCAAGAUCAGAGUCUGGGACUCCAGGACGGUGAGCUGCGUUCAGGAGCUCCCCUCGCAGGGUAGAGUCACUUCGUUGGACCUGAGCUCCGACCGCCGCCAGCUGCUAAGCUGUUGCCGAGACGAUUGCCUCCAGCUGGUGGACCUCAGGUGGAGCAACGACCGGAUGUGCUUCAGAGCUGACGGAUUCAAAUGUGGCAGCGACAGCACCAAGGCCGUCAUCAGUCCAGACGGAUGCUACCUGGCAGCUGGAUCAGCUGACGGAGCCGUUUACAUCUGGAACGUUUCCAAAGGGAACCUGGAGACCCGCCUCCAGGGCCAACACAGUUCUUCCAUCACUGCUGUGUCCUGGUCUCUCUCCGGGGAAUACGUCGUCAGUGUGGACAGGAGCCGGCGGGCCGUAUUGUGGAGAGACAUCUGACCAAUCGAACAGGCUUUCCUGCAGGGACUCCUCUGAACCGGCCAAUCCAGCAGCAGCUACUGUUCUAAUGGAUCUGAGGGCUGUACUAAAGAAAAUUUGUGGGGUUUUAAGCUACAUUUUGAGAGAAACAAAGGGAAGUUUAACCUUAAUUUUUUGUUUUCUCCCAGGACUGUGCACAGAUUUAACAAAGGGAAAACAGAUUUAAUUAAAGGAACACUGACUCUUUUUUUUUUUUUUUUUUUUUUUUUUAACUAACUUUCAGCUUUAUUAAACAUGUUAAGUGUCAAGCUUUAGAGUAAAAAUAUGACCUCAGGACCUCCUGAAGCAUCAGGAAAUAAUUUCUGAAGAAAAUGGAAGCGAGUAUGUAUGGAUUGAUGCAGAAACUGCUAAAACGGUUCAGUGGACCAGACUAACUGAUGAAAAGGUGCUUUAUCUCUGAGAGGAAGAACAAAGGUUUCAUCAUUAGCAGCACUUUGCAGGAAUUAAAUGUUCAUUCCAUUCUUAUUUUUUCUUAUCUUCUUUUGUCUGAUAAGGUUCUAAAGUCUGAUUUUAAAUCCAGGUGCUUAUUUAUUUAGAGAUGUAAGGAACUUGAGGUUUGGGUCUAUUUGAAAGGCUGCUGCUCUGAUCCGUUUAGCCUCUCAGCUCUGAGGAGGGAAAUUUAGGGUCUUUAUAGCAAAACUGGAAGUUCAGCUGAGUAAUUUAAUGCUCAGCUGUAUGCCUGAGCUAUUUGUUAUAGUCCAGUCCGUCUCUUCAUCUAUGCACAGCAGCAACCCCCUGCUGUUUUUCAGCUGCUUUACAACAGCUGCACCAAAAUAUGUAAACCUGGUUUGAUGCAGUUCCGGUUUCCUGUCACUAGAGGGUGCUACUUCAAACCUUUCUGCUCUCAUUGGAGAAAUGGUUCCUGGUUCCCUCUGAGAUUCUAAUCCUAACCUUUUUGCUUAUUUCAGCCCAGAACAAGGCUCUUUUCAUUUUGUCAUUUUUUUUGUUUAUAUUUAAUCUAUAAAUUUUAUCAAUUUGUUUUUCAAAAGUGUUGUUUUUUAUAGAUUAUGUGUAUUUUUUUUCUUCAAAUUUAUGUUUUUCGAAUUGAUUUUUACGAAUUUAUUUAUUUUAAAAUUAUGUGUCACAGAUGGUAUUCUCUUCAUUUUUGGGGACGGAACCAAGACGUAUCUAUCGGUCGACAUGGAUGUUAGCAAUUACGUUUGUGUUGGUUUUCAUUGCCAUUUGUGAACAUUUGUAUUAGGCUUUCAAUCUACAAUUUGAAAAGCAAAUAUAAAAAAAAAGGAAAUACUAAAUCUGGGUCAAAAUCUUUUUGAAAGUUUCAAUUCUGGAUUAGGAUUUUCUUAAAGUUCCAUAUACAAAACAUAUUCUUUGCAGGUAGCAAUAAUGCAACAAAAAUCACACCAUAGGCUGGUUGACCUUUAGUGACCCCUAGAAACUUUCAUUGAUAUCUAUUAUAACUGAAAGCAGCACAAACCUUUAACUUCAUUUGUUUGGUUCGAUGAAGGAUGCUUCACUUGGCUAUGAGAACUUGAUUCUAAACUAAACCCGGUUCUGGUCUGGAACCAGUUUCUGGCUAAUUUUUAUUAUUAUUUUUUCCAGUUUGUUUAACCUUUUCUUAUAUAGCAGAUUAGAACUGACUGUCAGGAUAGCUGAGGUACUAUUUUGGUCCGGACUCCUGGUGUCCAACACCCAGAUCUCCUCCAGUUCCGGAUGUUUUCUCUUUCUUUCUUGGUGUGUUUAAAAGCUGCUGAUGUGACAUGUUUUUAUUUUUGCUGCUCUGUCUUGAUAAGUUCUGUUGAACCUUAUGGGUUUAAAGGGAAAUGUGUGGAAUUGGUUCUUCUGAUUUAAGAACUCAUCCAGACUCUUUUAAUCUUCACUUAUUUAUACAGUUUGAAGCUUUUUAAUCAGACCUGUGUGGAAAGAUGUUUUGAAUUAAAUCAGAAACGCAAAAGUUCCUCUGAAAUAAAUCCUGAUUUUAACCCAA